GAUUUUCUAUGGAGAUAACACUUUAAUGUGUAUUGAAGAUGUUACGAGUUAUUUUAGCGUCACCUGCUUUUAAUGCUUAGUGGGCUAUUUGAUUCUAGAAGGCGUAACGGGGUUAAAAUCAUCAUAUUGUUCAAAUCAAGAAGCCCUGUGAGGCUGUAAAAAUAAUAUUGUAACUGCAUACUUUUUAAAAUAUGGUUGAAGUUUACAAGCUGAGAUGCACUCUAUCGGGUCAUAAGAGCGACGUCCGUGCAGUCACUUGUCUUUCAGAUACCAGGAUUGUUUCUGCUUCAAGGGAUUUAACAGCAAGGACAUGGCAUAUUUCCAAAGAAGGUUGCGAUGGCUGUGAAGAUAUGGUUCUUCUCGGGCAUACAAAUUAUGUAUCAGCUGUGUGUUGUCAAGAAUUAGAUAACGAAUGUCGUAUUCUAACAGGAUCACAUGAUAAAUUAAUUCGAGGGUAUAAUUCUAUGUCUCCAGAAGCUCUUUUCACAUUAGAAGGGCAUAAAGAUACAGUGUGUACUUUAGCGGUUGGAAAUCACAAAACCAUAAUUAGUGGUUCUUGGGAUAAAUCAAUCAAAAUAUGGAAGGAAGAAAGGUGUGUUUCUACUCUCACGGGACAUGAAGCAGCAGUAUGGUGUGUACUCGUUAUGCCGGCCGUAAAUAUAACCGGUCAUAUUGAUGAUUUAAUUGUUAUCUCUGGUUCAGCUGAUCAAACUAUACGUAUAUGGUGCCUACGUGGUCUUAAUCAAGAUAUAAGUUCGCCUGACAUAAUUUUAUUAAGUUCUUUAAAUGAACAUAAAGACUGUGUACGUGCCUUGGCACGUAUUGAUGAUUCACGAUUUUUAUCAGCAAGCAAUGAUGCCAGUAUAAGAGCUUGGGAUGCUACUACUGGUAAAUGUAUUGGAGAGUUUUAUGGGCACACAAAUUUUGUUUAUGGAUUGGCUUGUUUACCUAACUUCUCAAAAUUUGUUUCCUGUGGUGAGGAUAGAAGUAUUCGUGUCUGGCUUUUACCUUCGGCAGGUGAAUGGGCUCCUGAAAAGCAUUUUAGUUGCUUUCAAACUAUUUUGUUGCCAUGUCAGUCUGCGUGGUGUGUAGCUAUGGUACCGAAUGGUGAUAUUAUUGUCGGAAGCAGUGAUUCAAUGAUUCGGAUAUUUUCAUGUGAUUCAACACGACAAGUAUCUUCAGAUGUCUUGAAACUUUAUGAGACAGAAUUAGCCAAUUUUAAGAUUACAGUUCCUAGUUCUUCUGGAGCUGGAGAUUUAGUUUUAAACAAUUUACCGGGAGUUGAGGCUUUAACGAGACCAGGGAAAUCGGAAGGACAGAUCAUGGUCAUUAACGAUAAUGGCCGCUCUGUUUGUUAUCAAUGGUCUUCACAUGAUACUCGGUGGAUUGAAGUUGGUGAUGUUGUGGGAAGUCAACCUUCUAAUCGUCAAGUUCACGAAGGCAAAGUAAGCUAUUAUUUUCUCUCGCGCUUCAUUAAUUUUGUCGUUUUUGUUAACUGUUAUGUGAAAUUUGCAUGUUGAAUCUUAUUACUUCAGUUACUGGUAAAGAUUCAGUUAUGUUAUUGUUGACUCGUAGAAAUAAGUCUAUCUUUUCUCAUGAAUCCCUGUCAAACACGAUGGUACGUCGUUACAUUAUUUGUUCAAUUACUAAUUUUUACUUCGUUAUAGAGCAAACUUCAAUCGUAAUUUGUGUUAAGAUCAUUUAAGUACUACUUUGUUCGAUAAUGAACUCGUAACAAAGCAAAAUAAUUGAUGGUUAUAGCAAUAAUGUGAUGUGUUUUUCCAAAGUUCAUUUGAUAAAAAACGUUUAUGUGCGUUCAUGCUCUUGUACUGUAAAAAGAAUACGAUUUUGUAUUUACGGUUGAUAUUGAUGAUACCAUACCUGGGCUUAAACUACCUUACAAUCGUACUGAAGAUCCCUGGUUUGCAGCUCAUUCUUUUAUUCAAAGACAUGAUUUACCUGCUGGUUAUCUGGAUACAGUUGCUAAUUUCAUUAUUCAAAAUGCAGGACCUCCAAUUAAUCCAGUUGUCAGCAAUGAUCUUUCUCAUAGUGAUCCUUUUACUGGAGCACAUCGAUAUAUCCCAAAUAGCUUUUCUUCCACGAUAACCAAGUCCACUACAAAUGGAACAUCGGUUUUUACACCUCAUUUUCCACCCGAUACCUUUAUAUCUAUGAAAUCAAUCAGUCUUGGUCCUUUAAUGAGUAGGUUAAUUUUUGAUAUUUCUAUGUAAUUAACCUUUAAAAUAUGUAAUUCCACUCGUACAUCAUCUUAUUGUUUGACCUAUUCGUACUUGUUUACUGUUGGUUAGUUUAAUAUGUUACAAAUAAUGAAAUGUAAACGUGCUAUACUUUUUGAUGAGAUUCUAAGUUACUAACUUUCUCACUAACAUACGCAAUCAAAACCGAAGUUGUUAGUAAUGCUAUUAUUAUCAUUACUGUUAUUAUUAUUAUUAUUAUUAUUA